CCUCCAAAAUAACCAGGCUUGAUUGUAUAAAAUUUACGUGGCAGUAAGAAGUGCAGCCCACUCACACUGUGAUAACACACGUCAUGGAGCUGAAGGUGGUGAUCAUGCUGUGUCUUGUGAUCCCCCUCGUGGCGCAACACACAACCAAUACACCACCUCCCCCACAGGGUCGCCAGAAUAAACAACAAGAUAAACACAAAAACAGUGUAGAAUCUAACCCUGAAAGGACUAUACCUAAACAUGGUGAAGUGAAAGAAGAUAUUAAUGAUAAGGACAUUCAAGUAGAACCAAUUCCUUUGCCUCCCUUAGAAAGAUCUCCUGGAGAGGUUAAACAAAAUGAAAAUUCUUUAGAUAGCAAUAAGCUGAAAAACAGUGAUAAGACAAAAAAAAAUCAGGUAGACAAUGUUGAAGUUAAUCAGCAAAAUACAAAAGGUGAAACAUCAGACAAUCAGCCAGAUGAUUCACAAACUCAAGUAUCCUCAGAGCCCCCAUACCAGGAAAGCAUACAACAAGAGGAAACUAGGCCAGAUGAGCAAGAUAAAGAUGUGGAUGUACUUCAAAAGACUGUGGUUGAAAACAGUGAAGAAAAGCCUCAAUCAAAAGGUGAUGCUGCUGAAGAUGAUUUUGAUAGAAUGAGAGACCAAGACCACCAGGUCCAAGAAGAUGUAUUUAAUGAACAGCAAGAGCAGCCCAAUGAUAAUCAGGACAACACUGUUGUUGGUGAUGAUCUCCCAGAUGAGGCAUUUUCCGAAGAUUCUGAUACUGAAUAUGAAGGAGAGAAUGAUGAAGAUGCUCAAACGGAUGAGGAAGAAGAGGAUGAAGAUGAUCAGCUCACAGAAGAGGAAAAACAAGCUGAGAACCUUUACAAACAGGGUCAACUUACAUUGGCUAAACAUGGGAAAAUGACAUCUGAGGCUAUGACCUACUUCCAAGGUGCAGCAGCCCUGAAUCACACAAAAUCCCUGGAGCAUAUCGCCUUUGGCUAUCUCCUUGGAGAUGGUUUGAAACAAAACCUGGAAUAUGCCAAGAUUCACUUUGAGCAGCUGGCCAAGAGAGGAUCUUCAAGGGGACAAAUGGGUCUUGGGUUCCUCUAUACUACUGGCAUAGCUGUAAACUCUAGUCAAGCAAAGUCAUUGGUUUACUUCACAUUUGCUGCUCUUGGUGGGGACCCCUGGGCACACAUGGUUUUGGGUUAUCGCUACUGGGCUGGAGUGGGUGUGGAGGCCAAUUGUGAGACAGCUCUGGCUCAUUACAGAAAGGUCGCCAUGAAAGUGGCAGAGGGUGUGUCCGUGACAGGAGGAAAUGUAGUUCAGAGAAUUCGACUAUUUGAUGAACAAGAGAAUUCAGGCUCUCAAAAUGGCAUGAUCGAUGAUGACCUCAUACAGUACUACCAGUUCUUGGCAGAUAAAGGAGAUAUGCAGGCCCAGGUAGGACUAGGCCAGUUGUAUUACCAGGGUGGACGAGGUGUAGAGAUCAACCAUGAGAGGGCCUAUAACUACUUUGUGCAUGCUGCAGAAGCAGGAAGUUCUAAUGCUAUGGCAUAUCUUGGCAAGAUGUACUCUGAAGAUUCCCCUGCAGUGAAAGCUGACAAUGUUACUGCAUUUAACUACUUCAAGAAAGCUGCAGAUAGGGGUAACCCAGCUGGGCAGAGUGGGCUUGGUAUGAUGUACUUGCAAGGGAGAGGUGUCGAUGUUGACCAAGCCAAGGCAUUCAAGUACUUCUCUCUUGCAGCAGACCAGGGUUAUGUAGAUGGGCAACUUCACCUAGGCACUAUGUAUUAUGAAGGGACUGGUGUUAAGCGAGACUACAAGAUGGCACUGAAGUAUUUCAACCUUGCAUCCCAGUCGGGCCAUGUGCUAGCCUUCUAUAACCUGGCAGAGAUGCAUGCCACAGGGACUGGUGUGUUCAGAGCAUGUCAUACAGCAGUAGAGCUGUUUAAGAAUGUAGCAGAGAGAGGGGAGUGGUCAGAUAUGGUCAUGGAAGCACAUAGCAACUACAAGGACCUCAAUAUUGAUCUAGCCUUGAUGAAAUACACAUUCCUGGCUGAGUUAGGGUAUGAGGUGGCCCAGAGCAACCUUGCAUACAUCCUGGACCAGGGGGAAAGUGACAUGUUUGAUACUACAGAGCAGUACCAGAGAGCUUUACUCAACUGGAACAGGGCUGCCUCUCAAGGUUAUGCCAUGGCUAGAGUAAAGCUCGGGGACUACCACUACUAUGGCUAUGGCACAGUAGUAGAUUAUGAGACAGCUGCCUCCCACUAUAGGAUGGCUUCAGAGCAGCAACACAGUGCACAAGCCAUGUUUAACUUGGGCUAUAUGCAUGAGAAUGGCCUGGGAAUGAAACAGGACAUUCACUUAGCUAAAAGGUACUAUGACAUGGCAUCGCAGACCAGUAAUGAUGCCCAGGUUCCAGUCACUCUGGCCCUUGCAAAACUAGGCAUUCUCUAUGGCCUGGACUCCAUAAAAGAGAACUCUGCCAGCUUCCAGGAAGCAUCAUCCACAUACAUUCGCUAUUACCUUGGCUCAAACUGGGACCUUUAUUUCAUGACAGUUAUUGCUCUCGCCAUAGGAGGCUUAAUUCUCUUGAGAAGGAGGUAGUGAAGUGUUCUGUUACUAUAGCAACCGCAGUGUAUCAUUUCAGUAGUUGCUAUAGUAACUCAUUUAUUAAAUGUAUCCAUUUUUGGAGAUUAUAUUAUUUCAUUGUUGCAAUACAUGUAUGAAGCAAUUUUACUAAAAACUUCCCGACAAAGGAUUUUUGUGCCUGUCUAAAUCUGAAGAAAUCCUUCAUUACGAAGCUUUUUGUGGAAAUGCUUCGUUACAAAUGCUUCGUGAUGAAGCAAUUUAACCCUGCUGUGUAACAGUUACCAUAGAGAUGUUGUUUUAUUGUUGUUUUGAAAGAGGGAAACAUUGAGCAAGCAUUUUUUGCUAACACUAUAAAAGGAUGAAUUACAUUCCUGUGAAAUAUUAUUAUUCAUUGUUUUCAAGGAGCUUGUGUUUUUGGAACUCUUCCCAGUGAGUACCAUAUAAAGAAAGACAAUGUGCAGUAUAUGAUUUGAAUGAGUACUGCAAUCACGUAUACAUGAUACAUGUACAAAAAUAUAGAAACAUCCCUACAAAGCUCUAAAAUAAACUGGUAAAUUGGGGUUUGAUAUCAGUUGUUAAAGACUUUUUAUUUAUCUGUUAUUAGGUUGCAGUGUAUAUAAUUCUGAUCGUAAAUAACCCAAAAGUUAUUUAGUCUGUAAAUUAAAUUGCACAUUCGAUAGACUCUUGUACAAACCUUUCUAGUUAAAAAUUGUUUAA